CGAUGGCAUCACGCAAGAAUUAACUUCAGAACACAUGACCGAACCCAUCAACACCGACCCUACUCCACACUGCUUUUCCCGACGACUCGUCAUCCCUACAUCGUUCUGGCAUUCUUGAGGGUAGGGUUUGACAGCAAUACAACCGCUUACCAGACUCACUCUCUCUGGCCCGCCAUGUUCACAACAAAGUCGGUUCAGUCACUCAAGAAUCUUUUCGCAUCCUAUCACGAACCCCUACCCUUGUCGAAACAGCAAUCUCAAAAGCUUCUGGACGGUCUCAAGAGUUCCUUUCGAAAACAGCUCGACCGUGAAUAUGGAGAGAGCCCCAAUAGUCUGUCACCGGCUGCUGCGAAACCUGGAAAUGUUGAUCCUGCCCGACUAUCUGCUACAAACCGGCAUUUGAAAGAUAUCCUGUCGAACCCGCUGUUCAGCUACAACAAAGAUGUUACAUCGACGUUCCCUUCAAGCCUAGUAUCGCCUUCUUUGGCUGCACCAACGCGUGAUCCUAUAGAGGUUUUUGACCAUGCUGUAGCCCGAGGAUUGAUGACACCCAAGGCCGCCAUCGGUGUGAUGGUCGCUAAAGCAAAGCAGCUGCAGGCGAAUGAACCAGGUCUUGAUGGUCUAGCUACAUCGGGUAUGUCAGGUCGUGUUAUAAGAUGGCUACGAGCUUGUGGUGCUGAGCAGGAUCUACGAUUUAUGGACAAUUAUUCUUUUAUCAGAGCGUUGUCUCCGUUCCUGGUGGCAGAAGGCAUGGAGGAGAUUGCUUGGGAAUGGCUUGAGCGGACAAUCAACAACACUUCUGGAGACCUGUCAAAUGAAAGGCGUCUCAGGAGAGCAUCCAACUUACUCGGGGAACUUGUGAAGACAAAGUGUCAGCCUCAAUAUGGCAACCUUGACUCAGGCAUCUCUACCAUGUUGCAAGCACAGCAACUUUUCCGGACCAGCCCACUACUAUCGGAUCUUCUAGUCUCGUCAUGGAGAUCAGUCUCAUGGCUCUCGACCGUCGAAUCCUACAGUCGACCGGCUCCAUCUGAAGAACUUUUUGAUGCUCAUAUUGCCACGGCCGAUCGUCUGCCGCAACCUUUUCUCUUGGAACGUGCUCAUUUACACCUCUACCACCCCACACAUCCCGAUCACCUUCCUGCUCUGAACUUCUUCAGAGACAAGCAAAGACUACGAAAGCUAGUUAAUACUGUUGAGCCUAAGAAGUCAAAGCCAGAUAAGCUAAGCACCGUAUCAUGGCUCGCCUUCUUAGGCCACGACACAGUCAACCACUUGACCCAAUCUGGAAGAACACAAGAAGCGCAGGGAGUUACGGAGCUACUGCAGGCAGAAGUAGCUGGCCUUUUCAAUCAUAAAUCCGAACCCGCUCUUGGGUUGUGAGGAGUGAAAGAGUAAAGGCAAACAUGGAUCAGAUUUUUGGGGCAUUCAAUAUUUAUCAUGCACAUAUGACGGAAUCACAGCGGUAUAUCGGGAGUUGGUUAUAAUGAUACCAUGAUGGAGUUUCAUAGGCUAUCACGCGAAAGCGUGUCAAUUUGCAUCAAGGAGGCUAUUUACUAAGAAAGAAAUUGUUAUCAAACAGAUUUUCAGUCAUUGCCGUGCUUUUUUUUAUCCUGGUAUCUAUUGUUGCAACAUAAUGCAAUUCUCAAUCUCUAUUCAUAUCGCUCUUAUUCAGAGUCGCUCUCAGCUGCAUCAGGUGAGAAGCCUUGGAACUCCUCCUCGUCGUCAUCAUCAUCUGGCGCGGCUCCUUCGCCAGCGUCUUCAUCGUCAUCGUCCUCCUCCUCGAUCUCAAAGGCACCAGAGAUAUCCCAUCGGUCGCCCUUGGCGCUCUUACUAACGUAUUUGACGAACUUAAGAGCGCCGCUAUCGCGCAUAACAAUAGUCAUCUUAUUCCAUGACGCAGCUUGGAAGAAGAGAAUGUUGUCGUCAUCAUCGCCUGUCUUAUAUACGGCUGCAUCUUCAUCGGCAUCAUCAUCACCGGACAUGAAGAUUUCUUGGCCGCCGACUUCAGGUGUUUCCUCCUCCUCCUCCUUCUUCUUUUUCUCUACAGCCUUGGCUUUGCCCUUUCCUUUACCUUUUACAUCCUCGCCGUUCUGAUUUUCAGCUUCUUCCUCGGGAUCUUCUUCCUCAUCGUCACCCCAGCCAGAUGUAGGUGUGAAUCCGAGAUUAAUCUCUACGCGCGCCUUGCCCUCGUGGCCAGUCGCGAGAGUAUAGUCGAGACCACGGCGGAAACGGCGCGCGAGGAGAUCGGCACUUUCGAUGGUGGUUUUGGUGGCCAUCUGGAGCCAUUGGCGGAACUGACGGCUGGGCAGGAAGAUGUCGAGAAGUUCAGUGAUGGGAGAUUCCUCCUGUGAGGUGCGAAGCUGGUCAGGCCCGCUGGGCUGUUGGUAGAGAUAUCGCGCCUUGUGGGGAGGCUUAGCUACACGCCAUGAAGUCGUCUUUUCUAUCGUAGCAGUAUCUUCUUGUGCGGGUUUCUUCUCCUCAGCCUCAACGUAGUCCCUUAGGCGCUGGGCAAACUUCUUGCCUAAAAUAUCUGGCAAGGUGAUUUCAAACAUCUCGUUGAAGGUCUCGGAGAUCUCUUCCAAGGCAUCAGGAACCAGGUAUGCUGGCGAGAUGUACUUGAGCAGAAACUCAAGAUCGGCUUCGUCGAAGCCCUCCUGACUGGCCUUAUCAACCUUCAUAACCUGAGGCUGAGGCAUAUCGUACUGAGCAGGAUUGCCCUGAAGUUGCAUCAGGCCGCUGUUCUUGGCGUUUCUCUCCUCUUCUCCCUUGAUGUAGCCGUCCUCUCCAAUCUGGGGAAUAUGGAACCAUCCACUGAUAGCCAUACGAAUGCGGCCACCGUCCCUCUCUAGCUGCACCUUAGUUUCGGCGCGAUAGACCUCCUCGACAUCGUGGAAACUCUCUCCAGGCUGGACAGCAAAGAAGCUCAGCUGGUUCCACGCAGGCGGGAUGACUUUUGUAACGUCGGGAAGCGGUGUCUUCGCUACCUCGCCCUCCUUGUCCUUGAGCUCCUGCACGGGGAACAGACGGAGCGCGCCACCCCAUUCGGGCUUCCAGGGCGUGUCGGGGUCAACGAGGUAGAGGAUAUAGCUAACGCGCCGGCUACCAAUGACGUCGUCAUGGCAAAGGAGGUAGCAGCCAGGCGUAUAGAUGUUGAUAGCCAUGUCAGUCUUGCGACCGCUCAACGGGCCGCAAUUUGUAAUGUGAGAGACAUAGUUGCGGAAGGCUUCAGAGUAUAUAGCAUCGCGCAGCUUGAGCAGCGAAGGCAGCUUAGCUAGAGACUCGUCGUCGAGACCGUCGAGAUUGGCCAGGUCGCCUGACUGGUGGAUCUUGUAGAUAUCGGUCUCCUUGGGGGUGAACUCGACGUUGGCCUUGAUCUCGCUGCGAACCGAUCGAAGGAGGGAAUCGUCAACAAGGCCGUUGAUGACGGCAUGCUUAUAAGGUUCUGACUGAGCAUAUUGGUCCGUAUAAGAAUCGAGGACCUUCUUUUCGAAAAGACCAGCACGAAACCGUUUCUGAGCUUCCUCUGCGGUCAAAGCUGGAGAAGUCUGGUGAGUGGAAGGUCGCGAAAGAACGAUUGGGGGUGCUUACAAGGCUUGGGCUUUUUCUUGUUGGCCUUGGAGGAUCCAACAGCUGCUUCCGCUUUUCUCUUCAUGACGCCAGCGCAAUUGGUAUGAUUUCCAGAAGCUGUGCGAAGUGGGAGGGUUUUUGUUGUAGAUAAACUGAGUACGGAGUAGGUCGCGAAAGUUGUGCGAAGCCGCAGCGCAAAGAAUGGGCUGACGUCGCCAAUCUUUAAAAUUUUGGCUCCGAAAAUCGACCCAUUCCAGGAAGCGUACCAAUGUAUGAGCCUGUCAUGUACGGGUCGAGAUGUAAGAGCAACAGGCCACAGAAUUUAUUUGUAUAUCAAUUGCAUAUCCUUCAGGUGCUCUGAGUGUUUCAGUUUCUUUCAGUCGAAUCUAAAAUUAUCUUUCAUAUUUCAAUUCCAUGAUGAUGGGCCGAUGGUGGACCUUAUCUGAUUACUGGCUGAAGCCAGACAUGACGCAUAAAGGAUACGCAUGGCUAUGCAUGUACGCGCCGAUUCAGCCCUCACCGAGUAAGGAUCUCUGAGGAUGUUAAACACGGGAUACUAUUUCGCGGCCCAAGAUAUUAGUAAAAGUCGUAUUGGUCAAUGUCUGAGCACCUCAUACGCUGUGGGUUGUAGCAUCACUUUGCCCCAGAAUCACAUGAGACAUCUUUAAAUUCUUAACUUUAUUGCAGAAUAUAUUUCACUUAAUAUAAAACUAAAACAGAAGGAUGUUCUGAGUUAAACAUUGGCGGCAUGGGGGAGUAUAGAAUGUGUCUAAUCUCAAUUGAUAUAAAUUUAUAAACCAUCACCAACAAGAGCAGUCUCGUGGCGAUUACAUAGUAGUAGUGGAUGGCUUCAAACUCCAUAAAUUUGCAUGCAUAGAACAGAAAAUCACAAUUUCUUUGCUUGUUCCCAAUUACAUUCCUCCUCUUAAUGAUAAAACAACUUUAAACGAACUGCAUGGUACCACUAUUGUCCCUUACAGGGCAAAGAGCAUAGCCAUGACAACACCCAAGACACCAGCGGCGCCCUCACGCGCAGCAGCAUUGCCGCUAUCGCCACUGGCGCUGGCACUCGCGGGCGUCGUCUGGCUGCUACCGGCACUGGAAGUAGGAGUACCAGUUGCGCUGCCAGAGGUGGCGCUCUUGUCGCAUGUAACCUCGUCGGGCAGGUCGGUGACUCCGGCGGUCGAGCAGAUCUGCUUGGCGUACUUGACAGCGGUCUCCUUGCCGGCGGCAUCACACUUGUCCUCAAGACAACAUGCGAUGCCAGACAGGAAGUUCUUGUUGCUGCAGAUGCACUUGACGUCGAGCUGUCCGCAUCCCGCGACGCCGCCGCCGGUGGUGUACUUGUCAACACAUGGUUGCUAUAUACACAGAAGAGAUUAGCAUCGUGGAAUUGCGAGCGGUAACGUAUCGAGUCUGAGCAUUCAGCCGGUAAGGGAGACUUUGCGACGUACAGCGCAUUUAGGCAACUUCUCUUGCUGAGCGGCAACAAGGCCAGCCAGGAGGACGGAUGUGAAUACAGACAGCUUCAUGAUGAAUACUCGGACAGUAAAGAUAUUGGAAAUGAAGUUGGAACUGAAUGAAUGUCAAGAAGAGAGAGUUAUGUGGUUUCACGUACGCGCGUCGUAGAUUUAAAAGAGACUCCUUAAGUGAGACAAGACAGUUUUACCCAGCUCUCACCAAAAGGCAGCGAGCUUACACAGGAGCUACGCCCAUUAUGUACUCUUGAG